GGUAGCUCUGUGAACUACACUCCCAGAUGACAUUGCAGUAAGGAAACAGGAAGUAGGAAGAGAAGCUUUGAAUGCAUGUUUUAAAAUGACUCAGAAAAUAAAAGCUCCAGAUGACAGGGAGACAUCUGUCAACUGAAUAUUGGUGAGAGAGAGAUCAGAUCUUAACCAACACAUUGAGGAGGUGGAGCUAACGGCACAGAUGAUCCUAUUUAACAUAAAGGCAGAAGGUUGGAGUUAUCGGCACAGCAAACCGUAACCAACAUAUUGAAGGAGGCGGAGCUAUCGGCACAGCUGAGCCUACCCAGCACCUUGAAGAGGGGUGGAGAUAUCGACACGGCUGAUCUUACCCAACAUAGAGUCAGAGGGGUGGAGUAAUCGGCACGGCUGAUCCUAUCCUACCCAACACAUGGAGACAUGCGAUCAGGGGGCAGACAGUGAGCUCAGCAUGGCCAAGCCAGAGAGCUCUAAGAUUGUGAUUCACCUUCUGGAAGGAAAUGCCUUUGUGUGGAAUAUAGAAGAUGCUCGGAAGAUACGGGAGACACAUGGCCUGGUAGGGAAGCUUGUAGGAGCUUUGGUGAGAAAACCUCAGCAGAAUUCCCGUCUGGGCCUUCCACUAGGACUUCUACCUGAGGAGACCAGACUACUAGUAGAAAUCGGGGCAGCAACACUUGUACGUGGAAGCUUCAAAGAAAAGGAACAUGCAGAUCCCAGUGAUUUACCUCCGCAGGAGAGCACAAGUCUUUCCACCACUGUACACGAGGAGGAGUCUUCGAAGGCAGAGGUUGAGACCUUCAAGAACUUUCUGCAGAAUAGCUAUGAAGAGCAGCGGCGACUGGCUUUGGAGGAGAAAAAGCGCACCCUGGAAAGCAUGUCAGAGAGUAUUAUGAAAGGUAGAAGCAAGAGAAAGAGACGGCAUGGGGAACAAGAAGAAGAAUCAAUGGAAUCCUCCUCACUUGGACCUAUUAAAGAGCUUCAGAACCUAGAAAAUACUUUCCUUUUCCCUGAGGAAGCCAUGAUGGUGCAAAUUCCAACUGCUAGGACUAAUGUACACAGUAAAGAAGAGGUUGAUUUGUGCAAAGCCUCACUAGACUGGCCUUACCCUGGGCAGACAAAGCAUGAAUUACGGUUCAAGGUUUUAAGGGACCUCUGGCAGAAGGGAUACUACCUCACCAGUGGCAGCAAGUUUGGUGGAGACUUUCUUGUUUAUCCAGGAGACCCGAUGCGCUUCCAUGCACAUUAUAUCGCCAUCUGCUUUCCACAAGAUGAAGAAAUCCCACUAAGAGACAUUAUCACUGCAGGAAGACUGGGAACAAAUGUCAAGAAGACUGUACUGCUGUGUUCCUCUAAUGAAGAGGGACUAGUGACUUACACUUCUUUACAAUGGUCAGGAUUGCAGUAAAACAUUUCAGCACACA